AAGUUUGGAGCUUUCAGUCUGAAAUCAUAACAACAAUAUUCUCUGUUCACUGUUUCUGUUUUCAAAAAAUCCGAAACAAUCAUGCGAAAACAAAAUCGUCCCAAUCAAACGGCUCGAAAACAGAUGCAAAAUUUGACAGUCGAACUAUUUGCAAGAGACAAAAAUGCUCGCCGUCAACUUCUCAAUGUGGCCCUCACUGCUACCCCACCACCUUCCGUCGAACCAUCUUCUCCAACUCGUCCAUCGGAACCGAUCCCGCCACCGCUCCCUGAACCAAUUCCGGAGCUUGUACAAAUUCUACUCGCUGCCGAACCCAACAAGCCUUCCGUUCCGAAAAGAUCAAACCGUAAGAAGCUGACAUACAAGCAACCGCCAAGAAACUCGACCCCCCAAGUGCCUAAAGUUGCCGUCACUUUGCCCGUUCCCGAGCCCGUUCCCGAGCCCGUUCCCGAGCCCGUCCCAGAGUCCACUCCAGAGCCCAUCUCAGAGCCCCUGCCAGUAGUUCAAGAAGAGCCAGCUUCCGACAGUUUGACGGUUCAAGAUGAACAAAUCGCUCAGGCUGAACCAGCAGUGGAGCCGGAAGAGCCAGUCGUUGUUGAGCAUGUCGAGGUUGUCACCGCCUCAGAGGACCCAACUCUAGAGUCCUCUCCUCCAUCCGAGCCUCCAUUGCUCACGACUCCAACUACUCCAAUCGAGGAUCCCGAGCCAUAUGUGACUCCGCCACCGUUGCAACGUGUCCCGUAUAAAGCUCAACUGACGCACCUUGCCAACAUUCGUGCCGUCACCGAAUCGAUGAACAUUGCUGCAAUUCCAGCUCAUCAUCAACAACACCAACCGCAGGAGCCAAUGUCGUUUGCUGCUUGUGUUCGAAAGCAACCAUCGAUUGAGAGCAUGAGUGUUUCCCCGUCGCCGUAUGCCAAGUUUGAUGGAAAGACCAGUCCAUUCAAUGUUGGAGGAUUCAGCAAUCCUGGGGGAUUCGGAGGAUUCAGUAGACUAGAUCCGAGCAAGAACGUGAAUCCAUUCGCUAAUCGUAAACGUUUCAACUACGAUUAUGAUUCAUUACCAAGAGAUUCCCAAUCAUCUAGUCGCUUCAUGGAUCGUUCUGAUCUUUCGGAUGGCUUCUCCCCCUUCAACUCAAAGCCAAACGGAUUCACAAAUCGUGUAAUUCCUCGGGAGAGUGCCAGCUCAGGAAUGCUUCCAAGUUGGUACAAGGGUAGAUCAUUCUCUGCUGCUAGCUCCCACUACCCAUACAGCCAAAGAUCUACUUCAACUGGACAUUUCUCGUCAUUCUCCAGACCAUCUCAAAGCACUUCAAUGAAUAUUCCAUCUCAUGGACAUGUUGAGGAGCUCGAUGGAUUUCUUGCCGCCAGUGGCCAAACCAAUCCUUUCUUCAAGAGAACGGACUUGAACAUGAAAAAAGAAAGAUGGGCUAAAAUAAAGGCUAAAAAGCGUAUGUUGAGACGACCAGUUGAGGAUCAAUUUUAUGAAGAUCCGGAUAUUGAGGAGGAGAUUCUUCAUGGAAAUGGAGUUAUGCUCAAUCAAAUUGUUCAACAAAGUUCUGCUGGUAACUAUGAAGACGCUGAUCUACUUCGCAAAUAUCGUCGUGACGUGGCAUUUGUUAAGGAACGAGUUCUCAAUGCAAUCGAUGGUAAUAUUGAUGGAAUUCGUGAUUUGAGAUUCUUGUUAGCUUCUGUACAAACAUAUGGAAAUAUUGAUGGAGAAUGCAUGUUGGCUGAAAUGGCGAUGAACGAGUUUUCAUUAUUCUCUGGAAUUGUUGAAAAGUUUCAUGCAAUUGUUGGACCAUGGAUGCCUGAAAGUGAAUCACAUAGAAGACGCGCUUCUAGACAUGCAUUGGAGACUCAUCGUAUUCCACUUCAGAACAAUUUUGCUACGAUCACCAAGAAAAGGUUGGUGGAAGAAAUUCUGGGACGUGUGGAGCCAAGUAUCGCAUGCCACCAGGGUGUCAAAGUUGGUUUGUACAGUGAUGCGUGCAAUGAAAAGACAAAAAUUGAUUUGAACAUCAAGAACAACUUCAAGGAUCCAGGAAUGUUGUGUGAUAAAAAUGAUCGUCGAUUCAUUCUUGUUCUUCAAUCUGAACUUGAUUUGAUGGUGGACAGCAUGAAGCAUUUGGCAAAUAAUGUUGGAUUUCAUUAUGAUGGUUUUCCAGUCACUCCCAACUGUUUUGUGAUUGUUGAAGCAUUCGUGGAAGCUAUUUCUGACAUUAUGAAUGAGAAAAUUGACGUAGAAACCAUGCGUUGGUUCAGUCUGCUCGGACAAAAAGUUGAUGCAGAAGACAGUGUUUCUCCAUGGGAAACUGGCACCGAUUUCCAUUGUGCUCGUCAUUCGGAGCCAAAGAGCAAUUUCUGUGCUUCGGUUACUGUAGGAAGAACGUGUUGCAUCGUUUAUCAUGUCAUUGGAAGUUUCUUCCGACGUUACCAUCUCAAGAAGAUUCCGACUGCACAUCAACCGUCUAGCUCCAACUCGGUACAAUAAUAUUUCGUAAUUAUAAUUCCCCCUUUUUUGUGUUUUAAUUGUUUCAAUGAACGUUUUUCGUAAUACGGCUAUUUAAUGUGAAACAUUUAUGAUUAGUUCGCAAAUAAAAAAAUGAGAUGAUUA